GUCUGAGUUGGUUUUUGACCUAAGAUAAGUCAACAUACAGUGAUUUGGAUGAAGAGCUUUCAAGGGGUUUUUCACAGUAGAGAUGAGACAGGAAUACAUGGGGAGCAGAGAGAGGGGGUGAAGGAUCGGCAAAGGACCUCGAGCCGACAGUGAUGUAAACUAUUUGUACUGUAAGAGCCUCUGAGCUGUAGGGGUCAUGCAGUGAAUGGCUCCUGGCACGAAUAGUGGUACUUCUGACUGCGGCUUCUGUUCUGCUGGCUUUCGCUCGUGCCUGAUGUCAGGAUGGCGGCAUAUGUCCACAGUAAGGGUGUGUCCUGGGAGGUUAAAAAUGACACCUUGAUGCCAUCAGAUCGACUCCGGCAGGACAGAUCGGAGAGUCCGACCCCAGGCCUGGUGGAGGGUACUGAGCCAGGUGCAGGACAGGAAGGUGCCAUGUUCGUUCAUGCUCAGUCUUUUGAGGACCUGACUGCUGAUAGUGAGCCCAACACUGAUGACAAAUCUGCAGAGGUGGACGACGCUCAAGAAGAGGCUCUGGAAGAAAGAGACAAGGAGGAAAACUUAGAGGCUGAGCAGGAGGAAAAGGGGAAAGAGGAGCUGAAGAACAGCAACAAGGCGAAAGAGGAGGAUGUGAUGAGCGAAACAUGGCGGAGUCACAGAAAGCAUGUUUUCGUCUUGAGUGAGGCAGGAAAACCAAUCUACACGCGCUAUGGCACAGAGGAGGCACUCUCCAGCAUUAUGGGGGUCAUGAUGCUGCUUAUGUCAUUUGUGGAAGAUAAGAAGAACAUCAUACGCUCCAUUCAUGCAGAUGGCUACAGGGUGGUAUUCCUCAGGAAGAGCCCUCUUAUCCUGGUAGGAGUCUCUCGCACAAGCUGCUCGGACCGGGAAUUAACACGAGAGCUUCAGUAUGUGUAUUUCCAGAUAGUCAGCCUGCUCACCCUCACACAGCUGAACCACGUCUUCCAGCACCGGCAGAGCUAUGACCUGCGCCGCCUGCUGGCAGGCUCAGAGCAUCUCACCGACAACCUGCUGCGCCUCCUGGACCGAGACCCCAGCCUGCUGCUGAGCGCCGUGAUGUGUCUUCCUCUGGCCAACUCAGCCCGUGACGUGGUCUCCUCCAGCUUACAGGCCGCAAAAGCCAAAAACCUAGUAUUCUCUAUCUUGCUUGCCGGAAACAGGCUGGUGACACUUGUGCGCAAAAAGGACCAGUUCCUGCACCACAUGGACCUGCACUUGCUCUUCAACUUGGUCGGCUCUUCAUCCUCUUUUCGUGAAGGCGAGGGUUGGACACCCGUAUGUCUGCCCAAGUUUAACCCGGCUGGAUUUUUCCAUGCCCAUAUUUCUUACCUAGAGCCAGCCUCAGAUCUGUGUCUGAUCCUGGUGUCCACCGAUCGUGAGGAUUUCUUUAACCUCUCUGACUGUAAGAAGCGCUUCCUGGAGCGUUUGCGCAGACGCAGUGCCUAUCAGUCCCUGCAGGAGGCACUGAACACACCAAGCUACUCCGUCUCACAGGUCGGCAUACCUGAGCUGAGACACUUUGUGUACAAAUCUAAAAGCUCUGGGCUCUAUACUAGCCCUGAUCUUCCAGCACUGUAUGAGGGGGGAGAGGAGCAGGAGAGGCUGAUGGGAUUGUAUCAGCACCUGCACAGCUGCCUGCAUCACCCCACACGUCCACUGCGCUGCAUCUACCGCUGCACAGACACCGAAAACCUCUAUGCCUUGGUAACCAGUGGCUUUGAGCUCUACCUGUGCUUCAGUCCUCUGGGAACAAAGAGUCUCGCUGUAUCUGCUGUCAACAGACUCCUGAAGUGGAUCAGGAAAGAGGAGGACCGACUGUUUAUACUCAGUCCCUUAACAUACUGAGCCAGUUCAGCACUCCUGAACGCCAGAAACACUAGUGAAUGUGCUCGUACUUGAAUGAAUGAAUGAAUGGUGAUAUAAAGGGCUUGAUUGCUUGUUUGAGGGCUUCUCACACUCAUAAACUGCAGUCGGUGUUAAUCAGGAAGGUCUAAAACUGAGUAAAGAGUAUCUAAUCAUUCCUAUUAGCAGUUGUCAAAGCAUGAAACACAACAUUUAAAGAGACAGUUUACCCAAAAUGAACAUUGUAUACAUUUAUUCCUUCACUUAUUCAAAACCUAUUUGAGUUUCUUCUGUUGAACAGAAAAGGAGGUGUUUAGAAAUAUGCUGUUUGCUGGGACUCAUUGAUUUCCUUCAUUAGCCUUUCCUUGACAUUUUUCAAAAUUCUGUCUUUAUUUAUUCAUCCUCCAUUUUUUUCUGAGUUUUUUUUGUUGAACUCUAAGGUAAAUAUACUGAAGAUUUUUAUUCUCCCAAAACAGCCAUUGACUUAGUAUUUUUAUUCCUGCUAUGGAUGUGGCAGCUUUUUUCCCAACAUUCUUUAGAAUAUCUUGUUUUGGGCUCAACAGAAGAAUGAAAUGCAAAGUUAAAGCCCCUUGAGUGUAAGUAAAUGGUGAAGAAAUGUUCAGUUUUUGGGUGAACUAUCCCUUCAAGGAUAAAUGCUUUUAAGUGCGCCUAUAAUGAAGUAAAAAAAUUGAAGGAGGUAGAUAAAAUCUUAUAAAUGCUCACAAUGUUGCAUUCUGAACAUCUAGACCUCUGCUUUUUAAUUAUUGAGUAGACCUGCCACUGUUUCAACUUUACAUCAGAUGUUUUAAAUCAGCUAAGGUAAAGCUAUAGUUCACCCAAAAAUGAAGAUCAUCAUUCACUCACCCUUGUACUGUUCUUAUGUCUCUACCCCCCCCCCCUUUUUUUUCUGUAUAAGAGUAGCCAACAGCCACAAGCACAGCUGCUUGUUUACAUUUUUGCAGUUAAUUACCAUACAUUGAUAUACUUGCAUCUCAAUGGGAAUACUCCUGCAUUUUUUCAUCACAGCAGAAAGUUAUUGCAUGCAUGUGUCAGCUGUCAUUCUGACUUUCAUCCAAUGUGAUGAAACUAUGCUGAUUUCAUCUUUAUUAAUCUUAAUGCAUCUUUUAUAGUCACGUUGAGCAAACUGCCACACUAACGGAGCUCAUGCAUGAAGACAAACAUCUGGUAGAUCUGGUAAUUUAUUGAAUAAUACAUUACAUUUGGGUAACCCAGUGAAUAGUUUAAAUCUAAAUCACACGCAUCAUCUGGGACAAUUCUGUGAUAUUUGUGCAUCUUUUUUAAUAACUUCAUCUUGGUCAAUAAUUAUAGUAUGCACCAUUAUUUUCCUGUUAUUUUUUGCUGAAUAUUUUGUAUUUUGAAUGAGACAAAAGGGCUUAUGGCAUUGCACUAUUUACUUGGAAAAAAAGCGAUUAGUUACUUGGAAAAAAAAAGUGAGUAUAUCCCAUUGGCUUAAAAAAACAAAUUGACUUCACUUAAAGCUAGUAAAUCCUUUGUUUUAAGUUGACUUAAUUUUUAUAAUUAUGUGCAUAGUUGAUUUACUUAAUAAUUUUAAGGCAAUGCAUUUACUCACUUUUUAAAGCACAGUCAAUUACACUGUAAAAGUUAUUUUCUUACCUUGAGUUUUUGUCUUGUUUCUAGUCCAAAUGUCAACAACUUCUUAAAUCAAGAAGCGUUUCUAGACAAGCACAAAUUAUUGUCUUUUUUCCAGAAAUAUUACGUUAAAAUUAAGUGAGUUUUUCUUUUAAAACAAACAAAAUAAUCAGCCAACACUCAAAAACAUAUAAGAUUGUUGGUGCUUGUUCAAACUACUUGUUUAAAAUGAGCUGCAUCAACACAAUUUCAGUGUUUUUUUUACAAUGUAAUUUUGUUUACAAUGUAAACAAUGUUUAUUCAACUUAAAUUUGCAAAAACAAUCAAGUUAACUUAAUCUAUUUAUGUUGGGACAAUAUGAAGGAAUUGUGUAGAACCCUUCUUUUUUUUUUACAGUGAAUGUGGUAAGAAAAAUAAUUUAGUUUUUUUCUCAUUGAUAUACGAUUAUUUUUCUUACCCCAUUUGCAGAUUAUUUUGCUUGUUUUAAGGAUAAACUCACCUAAUUUUAACAUGUUAUUUCUGAAAACAAGACAAUAUUUUUUGCUUAUCUAAAAAAUCCUUCUUGAUUCAAGAUUUUUUAAGUCUUGAUUCAAGACUAUAAACGAGACACAAACCCUAAGUAAAAAAACAACAACAACAUUUCUUGCAUUGUAAUGGCUUUUUACAGCGUGCAAGCGCACCACAGAGUUUAAAUAUGACAGAUAUUUCAUUUUUGGGUGAACUAUCCUUUAAAUAAAUGCUAAUAAUUGCAUUAAUAUGUUAUACUGUGGCCUUUGUAUUUCAUUUCUUUUCAUAAAGGGUUAUAAUAGGUGUAUAAAUAAGCGUAGUGGGACUAAAAGUAUCUUCUUCUCACCAAACUGUGUGUUUAUAACAGGUGUUUAAUUUCAGACAAUACUAACAUGUAGAUGCUCCACAGGUGAAUCGGUCUGUAUUUCUGUCAAAUGUUUGUCAGUGACUGAUCGGGUGAUAUUUAAGUUAAUUUCUGUGGACCAAUCAAUCUGAGGUAAAUAUAACUUGUCGUGUUUAGAUUUUUAGUUUGUUUUUGUUUUUUUUACUAAUGUCUUAAUUUGAAAGAGUAAGAAAAGUGACAUUGUGUGUGCCUAGAGGACCUCUGAAGUGCUUGUGCAUUCAUGUUCUUGUUAUUCCAGUGCUGAAGGAAUUGAAUGUUAAUGAAUCCAGAGGGAAAUUGGUUGUAAUUUUGCACAAAUGGUGGUGGUGACACUUAUGCUUAUGCUUUGACAUCAAUUUAACAAACAUUUAAAGAAAUUAAAUGCAUUUACAAAAGACUUAA